GAGAGAGCGGGGCAGAGCCGCCGGCGCCCCGCGCGGGGAGAGCAGGCUCGCAGCGCCCAGUCCCGAGGAAGGUAGGUGAUGCUCAGAUGCCUCUCAUCAAGUCGAUGACAAGGACAGAAGGAGACUAAACUGUGUCUAAGACUGGUCCAGAGGAGGAAUGUGAGUAGGAAUGCCACUGUAGGAACAAGUGACCUGUCUGGCAAGGAAUGCAGCAUCCUUCUGAGAGCCUCAUCUCGACAUCAUCCCACAGACCGCUACUUCCUCACGGGAGAGGGUGCUCAAGAUUUUGCAAUCAGCCACCUAAAACCUUUGCUGAGCCAACACAAGACUUUUGCUGCAGAACUGAACAAGAUAUUAUUUCAUUUCGUUUUGCAUCUUUUAACCAACGGGCUACUGUCAUAGUGGUUUCGCUUUGAGAAUUUUGAGCCAGAUUUGUUACUAUUUUUUUGUGUACACUUUUCAAAAUGAUUGACUUAAGCUUCCUGACGGAGGAGGAGCAAGAGGCCAUCAUGAAGGUUCUGCAGCGGGAUGCUGCCCUGAAGAGGGUUGAAGAAGAGAGAGUCAGACAUUUGCCUGAAAAAAUUAAAGAUGACCAGCAGCUGAAGAAUAUGAGUGGCCAAUGGUUUUAUGAAGCCAAAGCAAAAAGGCACAGAGACAAAAUCCAUGGCACAGAUAUCAUCAGAGCAUCGAUGAGAAAGAAGAGGCUCCAGGUAGCAGCUGAGCAGAGUAAGGACAGAGCAAAGGAGGCAAAGGAAAGCUGGGUGAAUAAUGUCAACAAAGAUGCUUUCCUUCCCUCAGAGUUAGCCGGUGUUGUAGAAGAGCCAGAAGAAGAUGCAGCACCCGCAAGCCCAAGUUCCAGCAUGGUAAAUCCAGCUUCCACCGUGAUUGAUACAUCCCAAGAAAACUCAGGAAAGUCAGCUAUGUCUCCAGCUAAGCAAAGGAAGAAUCCGUUUAACAGCUCCAGGUUGCCAGAAGAUCACUUAUCUCAACAAACCAAAAAUGAGCAGUCAGAAAAUGGAAGGGCUGGUUUCUUUCAGACUUCAAAAGAGGGUGAAGUGUCAGAGUCAAAAGAAAAGUCAUCUACCCUGGAUACUUUAAGCCAAAAGUUAGAGAAACCAAAGCAGACUUCUCCAGACCUUGAGAAUGGAUCUCAAAUCAAAGCUCCAAUCCCCAAAGCUAGGAAAAUGAUCUACAAAUCACAUACUUUAAAGCAAGAUGAUAACCAGUCUUUUUCCAGACAGAGGACAGACUCCCUGAAUGCGAGAGGGGCUCCGAGAGGAAUCCUGAAGCGCAACUCCAGUUCCAGCAGCACAGACUCAGAAACCAUUCGUUUUCAUCAGAACUUUGAACCAAAAAGCAAAAUUGUGUCACCUAGCCUAACCAUCCAUGAGAGAAUUACUGAGAAGGAGCAUUCUUUAGACGAUGACUCCUCCUCAAACUCACAGGAGCCAUUAAAGCACGUGAGAUUCUCUGCGGUGAAGGAUGAACCCCCACAGAGUCCUGGGCUAAGCCAUGGCCAGGAAGUGGGAGAAUUCAGUGUUUUAGAAUCUGACAGGUUGAAAAAUGGAACAGAAAAUGCAAGGGACAUAGAUGAGUUUUGGAAUGACCCUAAGACUUCCCAAUACAGAAGGCCCUUGCCUUUACAUCAAUCAGCCUCAAGCCCAAGUGCAUCAAAAAAUGAAACACACCAGCCAACAACUUCUGGUUCUUUUCCAAUUAAUGGGCACCAGUCUUCCUCAGAAGUUUUAACUGCAAGACCACAGUCCAUUGAGAAUUCACCCACCAUCAGUGAACACAAAGCUAAAUCAUCAGAAUUAUCAAGGCUUGAAUCAGAAUUGUCCAAAACCCCUGCUGAUGAACUGUCUCAUGUUGAGCCUGAGCCAUCUCAGGUGCCAGAUCGCAGUUCUAGAGACCAUCAGCAAGGUAAGCCCCCUCUUCUCAAGGCCCUAAAAGCUAAGACGUCCUCAUGCUCUGGUCCAAAGGCCACUGAGAUAAGGAAGACAACUGAUGAUUCCAUAUCUAAGGUCCUAGACUGGUUUAACAGAAGUUCUCACACAGAUGACAAUAAGUCAUUUUUCCAACAUCCCAGAGGAAUAGACCCCAAAGAAAAAACAGACUCAAAAUCACAGAUUGCUAUUGCCUUGGUGACAGAUGACAUCAGUCUAAAAGAAAAUGGCUCAAAGGCUCCAUUAUCCACUGAAGUUGAAUUGACACCUAUGGGAUCUGAUUCAAUGUUCCAGGUAGAGGGAAAUAUGCUGCCUUCUGGAAACUGCCAAGAUAGUAAUGUGAAUAUCAAACCCAAAUCUAUUAAUUUGUCCAAACAAGGCAAGGAAGGUCCAGGCAUAUUGCAGCCAUUUGAAAUCUGCGGUCCAAAUCAAGGGAGUAAAGCUCUGGACUAUAGCCAAGGUUCAAAAAACAUAGGAGAAGGAAAUGGGGUACUUCCUCCAAACUAUUCGUCCCGUGCUCUCAAAGGAUCUGAAUUUGUAGAACACCAAGUCCCAUGCAAUGUUCAGGAUGUUGGCAGCGUGGGUGAAGAAGAGGCCAAGCAUCGUGCUUAUGAAAAAAAUAGAGAAAACUCAGAAGUGAAUUUUGAUUCUUCAACCAUUAUCAAAGAACCAAGUUUGAAAGACAAUGUGAAGGCAAAGAGAGAGAGCAAGGGGAGGGAUAUUUACGUCCCAAAAGCUUCCUUAGAGUCAAAGAAUAUUGAGUCACCACCUGGGGCUGCCAACGACAAAUCUCCUUGGAAGAAGCCCGAGGUCCAGCUCCAAGAAGCUGAUGAGGUUCCCAAGAACCAAGUGCAAAGAGAGAAAUACAAAAGAGUGAGUGAAAGAAUAUCCUUUUGGGAAGGUGAGAAAGCUGCUGCUAAGUUAACUCAUCAAGAACACCCAUCUUCAUGCAGUCAGGAACAACCCUCUGCUAAAGCAUAUCAGCUUGUGAAGUCCAUGGACAGUUUAUCUAUGGGCCAGAAUGAAUAUAAUCAAGUCACUGCCAAACAAGUGGUCCUAGAUGAGGAUGGCCAAGCAGCCCAUCUCUCCAGUUUUUAUUCCUCGAAUAAACCUAAAGAGACCAGGCCCCAAAUAUCAGGUCCAUUCAAAAAUUAUCUUUCAGCUGACCAAUCAAGUAAAGCAUCUCUAUUUCACAAUAAGAAAAAUGAGCCUAUAAAAACAUUGCCAGUGGCAGACAGCUUGCGUUCUGGAAGGGACAUUACCUUACCGGCACUGCAACAUCCUUCAAAUGUUGGGAGUGAAAUACGUACUCCUUUGGAGGAAGACAGAUCCCCAAUUGGUGAAUCAAAUCUCAACUUUAAAGUUAUGUCCCUAAAAGAAAGAAUGGAUGAACCCACCACAGAACAGGUUUAUAAUCACUCUCAAUUUGAGAAUUUGAGACAGUUUUGGGAUUUAGGAGCCAAUGUGAACAGUCAGGAUAAUGUUGAGAAGAAUACUACCACAACAAGCCAAAAAAAUUCUGUGCCUUUUAAUAGCCAGAAACACAAAGAAUUCAGUGACAUUAAAUCACCAGGGAAAAAUACCCAUGAAAUAGAGACACUUCUAAGCCAAAAGAAAGUUCCCACAAGAGAGGAACUAGAGAAAUUGAAUUCAAAGUGCACACUCCAGGUGUUACCAGAUGAAACCACAUUUUCAUUGAGACCACCCAGAAAGUCCACUCAUCAAUUGCCAGGAAAUGAGUCAUCAAAGGAAAACGUGGAAAAGAAUACGGAAUGGUUUGUUACUCCAGUGUUCAAGGAAGAAAAGCAUUACUCAGACCAAGAGAUUCAAGAAUCCAUAGUGAAAACAACUGUUUUAUCUAAAGACUAUAAAGACACUCUUAAUGACAGCUUACAGAAGCUGCUUUCAGAAGCUUCAUCACCAGCAAUCCAACCUUCUGGUGGAAAAGUUCAUGGAAAACAAGUGCUUGAACCAAGUGUCUCUGAAAAUAGGACAUGGCCUCAAAAGACGGAUUUUGCCAAUACUGAGGAAGAAGCCAAAGGACCUAAGGAGAUCAUUAAUGAGCAUGUAGACAAAACAGUAGCUCCUCCAAAGGUCAAACCAAACACUUUGACUGCUAGUCUAGACAAACUAUUGAAGGAAGCAAUUGGAACUUCAGCCUCUCCCUUGCAAACCAAGUUGGAAUCUGUUACCACUAGGUUCAAUUCUGAGCCUGAAGGGAAAAGAGUUUUUGAAAAAGGGAUAGAACAGAGUUACAACACAUCAGCCUUUCAGAGAGAGGAAGAAACUUUGGGAAAUACACCUCUCCCCCAGAACGCUGAAGGUGGUGAGUGUCCGCUAAACAUGGAGAACUUGGUUCAGAUGACUGAAGGUUUUCACCCAUUGGAUCAACCAUCCCAUCUUCACAGAAAGGGUUCUUCUGGGGAUGUGACCAACACUCCCCAAGAUAUGCCUUCUUCCUGGGAUGCUCAUCUUGCUCCCCAGCAUAAGGCACUACCUUUUCACAGGGAAAUUUCAGAGACUGUAGAAAAAGUCAUUCUUCCACCCAAACAUGCAUUGAAUGAUAUAGACACUGUAUUACAGAAUCUACAUAGAGAAGCUUGGUUUAGUUAUCCAGUUGGGAGGGAAGUAGUUCCUGGAGAAGUAAAAGCAGAAUUUCCUGAAGGAGUACAGGCAGCAGGUAGCCCUAAAAAUUCUCUGGGAGUUAUCCCACCGUGGGCUCCAAUGGACACCAUAGUUCCAAACAGAAAGGAUUUUUAUUCCUUCAACAUAGUUCCUGAUGAAAUUCAUGAAGAUAGAUCAUAUUUAGCUGCCCAGAUGUCUCCAUCAGAACAAACCCUUAGCUCAUCCAGUUCUAGUGUUGCUCAGUAUGGCAAAGAGUUACCUCAGGAAGUGGUAGAAAUUGUGAGGGAAACAAUUAUUCACCCUAAAUCAGAGCUCCUUGAAUUCAGUGCUGGCUUAGAAAAACUACUGAAGGAAACAAUUGAAACCCCUUCCUCAAAACAUGAAAGUGAUACAGGGACUCUUUCUCCAUCCAAGGUAAUAGGUAGUACUGAGGUGCCCAGGCAGGAUGCUUCUGAAUUCCAUCCUGAGGAAAUAAAAGAAACAGUAAAAAAGUCUGAAGCUCUGUCAAUAACUGAGAGUGCUUUUGAUAUUGGUUUUGAGAAACUCCUUAAAGAAACAUCUGAAACUCCUUCUUAUCAGUUCCAGGUGUCAGUGAAGGAGGAAAUUCCUGAGAAGGAGCCUUCACAGUCAGAGUGGGCCAGGUUCUUGGAGACAGUGCCCCAUUUUUACUGGGCAGCCUCAGAGGCCUCUGAAAUGAAGCUUAAGAGUAAUGUUUUCAAAUCUCAAGUCAACCAGUGUGAGCAAGUGAUGAGAGGAGGCGAAGUUGUGACUGAUUUGUCGGCAGAUCUCUGUGAUUCUGAAAGUGGGGUUGAGAUUGCUGGAACCCCACAACUUUAUGUGGACCAUGAAAUAGAGACUGUUGAAACUAUAAAACCCCCAGAGGACAGGGAUAGUGAAAGUAAGGUUGCAAGGGUUGGAGAAGGGGCUUUUCAGGAGCCUGGCUUCGAAGAGGCUCCUGAAGCAAUUAGUGUGCCCAGGAAUAGGCAACCCACUCCUCUCCUGACGAACAAAGAAAACCCUACAAAAACAAGUAGAGUUGAAUUGAUUCUGGCAUCACCAUAUAAGAGACAAGAGAAAGAGGAAGAAAAAGAAGGUUUCUCUGACUCCGAUUUUUCAGCUGGAAACAUUGGUUCUAAUGCAGAAAGCUGGAGAAAUACCUCCAGUUCAGAAGAAGAACCCAGUCCUGUUUUGAAAACUUUGGAAAGGAGUCCUGCUAGAAAAAUGCCUUCCAAAAGUCUAGAAGACAUUUCAUCAGAUUCAUCAAAUCAAGCAAAAGUAGAUACUCUGCCAGAAGAAUUAGUACGUAGUGCUGAAGAUGUUUCCACAGUGCCUUCACAACCUGAUAAUCAGUUUUCCCACCCCGACAAACUCAAAAGGAUGAGCAAGUCUGUUCCAGCAUUUCUCCAAGAUGAGAGUGAUGACAGAGAAACAGAUACAGCAUCAGAAAGCAGUUACCAGCUCAGCAGACACAAGAAGAGCCCGAGCUCUUUAACCAAUCUUAGCAGCUCCUCUGGCAUGACGUCCUUGUCUUCUGUGAGUGGCAGUGUGAUGAGUGUUUAUAGUGGAGACUUUGGCAAUCUGGAAGUGAAAGGAAAUAUUCAGUUUGCUAUCGACUAUGUGGACUCACUGAAGGAGUUGCAUAUCUUUGUGGCCCAGUGUAAAGACUUAGCAGCAGCAGAUAUUAAAAAACAGCGUUCCGACCCGUAUGUAAAGACUUAUCUGUUACCAGACAAGGGCAAAAUGGGCAAGAAGAAAACACUUGUAGUGAAGAAAACUUUGAAUCCUGUGUAUAACGAGAUACUGCGGUAUAAAAUCGAAAAGCAAAUCUUAAAGACCCAGAAGCUGAACUUGUCUGUUUGGCAUCGGGAUACGUUUAAGCGCAACAGCUUUCUAGGGGAAGUGGAACUUGAUUUGGAAACUUGGGACUGGGACAACAAACAGAAUAAACAAUUGAAGUGGUACCCUCUGAAGCGGAAGACAGCACCAGUUGCCCUUGAAGCAGAAAACAGGGGUGAAAUGAAGUUAGCUCUCCAGUAUGUCCCAGAGCCAAUUCCUGGUAAAAAGCUUCCUACAAGUGGAGAAGUGCACAUCUGGGUGAAGGAAUGCCUUGGUCUACCACUCCUAAGAGGCAACCAUCUAAAUUCUUUUGUUAAAUGUACCAUCCUUCCAGAUACAAGUAGGAAAAGUCGCCAGAAGACGAGAGCUGUAGGGAAAACCACCAACCCUGUCUUCAACCACACCAUGGUGUACGAUGGGUUCAGGCCUGAAGAUCUGAUGGAAGCCUGUGUAGAGCUUACUGUCUGGGACCAUUACAAAUUAACCAACCAGUAUUUGGGAGGUCUUCGGAUUGGCUUUGGAACAGGUGAAAGCUAUGGUACUGAAGUGGAUUGGAUGGACUCUACUUCAGAGGAAGUUGCUCUCUGGGAAAAGAUGGUAAAUUCCCCCAACACUUGGAUUGAAGCAACCCUGCCUCUCAGAAUGCUGUUGAUUGCCAAGAUUUCCAAAUGAACCCAAAGUCUCCUCCACUGAAGACUACUAAACGGGUGGAAUCUGAUCUUGAAAAUCUGACUAUGUGGACAGAGAUCAUCACCUAUCUACUGCCACUAAGGAAUGCUACACAGCAUGUUAAAGUCAACCUGCAUGUGCUUCUUUGGCUACAAGGCCCAAGAGAUUUAAAUAAUAACAAAAUGUGUAACUGAUUUGUGACUCCAACAUUAAAGAAGAUAUUUGAGAAAGCUAGGAAAAUCGAACUGUUGCUACCGCUUUGAAGAAAAAGCUGCCAAAAAUAUUAAAUGUGGGAUGUGGGUUAAUGAGCAAAAUUUUAUAGCCUGCCAUUGUGUGUUUCACAGCACAACCCUGAGCUACAGUGAGGAGGGCCUGCCACUUGAUCAUUGAAAGCUCUUGAAGGAACUGAAAAUAAAUAGGUUGUGAAAAAGAGUGACAGAAAGAUACUCCUACAAAGGGGAAAAAGGCAGACUAUCAGUGAUGAUAAAGAAUUUGACCAUACGAAAACUAUUUACUUACUGCAAUCUCUAUUAAAAUAUGGAAUUCCAUGUUAGGGCAAUGAGACUGAAUUUACUGCAUGUACAUCUGCCUAGAGAAACUGCUUUCCCUUUUCCCAGUGUUAAAACAGUCUCAAAUGUACUUUGGUGCCACCCACUGGCCAUAGGUGGAAUUCAGUUUUUGGCUUAAUUUUCUCCUAAGAUAGGUCUCAAGCUUGUAUUUUGUAAGAGAGUAUGUAAAAAAAACAAUAAAAACCUUGCAUAUAUAAGAUUCUAUUCUUCUUAUAACUCUACUAUA